AUGAAUCUCAGGUUGGAGUAUAGUCAUAGAGGGGUACCUCUGAUCGAGGUCACCUCCGACAUCGACGCAGGUGGCAUUCUGAACGUGUCUGCUGUGGACAAGAGCACGGGCAAACAGAACAAGAUCACCAACGACAAGGGCCGCCUGAGCAAGGAAGACAUCGAGAGGAUGGUGCAGGAAGCAGACCAAUACAAGGUAGAAGACGAGCAACAGAGGGAGAAUAUAGCGGCCAAGAACGCCCUGGAGUCGUACGCCUUCGUACGCGUUUGUCAUCCUUUCUCUCUGAUGCUCUCCUCUAUUGUUCCGUGA